AUGCCCAUCUCAAGGUUUUCUCAGAAGAAACCAAAAUUGGUUGUGGUUUCAGCUGCAGGAGAUGCUCAGAAGUCGAAAAAGAGGUAUCCUAGAGAGGCCAAGGGCUUUGUGGAUGAGAUGAGAUCUGUUGCAAUGAAAUUGCACACAAGAGAGCAGGCUAGAGAAGGAGAGUCGAAGGAACCUGUGGGUCAGCCUAUGGCGGAAUGGGAGCCUAGUCUUGAGGGGUACUUGAAGUUCUUGGUGGAUAGUAAAUUGGUUUAUGAUACCAUGGAGAACAUCAUAGACAAAGCCACUUUUCCUGAAUAUGCAGAGUUUAAGAACACAGGACUAGAGAGGUCAAGAGGUCUUGCAAAAGAUUUGGAAUGGUUUAAAUUGCAAGGUCACGCCAUCCCACAACCAUCUUCUCUUGGCGUUAGCUAUGCCCAGUAUUUGGAAGAGCUAUCCAGAAAGGAUCCUCAAGCUUUAAUUUGCCACUUCAACACUAGAUACUUUGGCCAUGCAGCUGGGGGCCGACUGAUGGGGACGAAGACAUGGACUAAGGAAGAGAAGAAUCGUUGCUUGGAAGAAACUGAGAAAUCAUUCAAAUUUUCUGGGGAUAUCGUGCAUUUGAUAUUGUCAUGA